AUGGCCGGCGGGGGACGGCCGCAGCGGGAGCGACCGCAGCCCGCGAGGUUCGAAGCGGGACCGGCGCCGCCGCCGUCGGUGCUCGCCGCGCGCGCGAGGGGCGACGCGAGCGCGUCGCACCCCGCGGGGCCCGCCUCGGCGGCCGUCGCCAGCGGCGGACGCGAUGGAGUGACGAAGCGCGCGUCCAAGCCGCCGGAGACGUUCGAGGCCGGCCCCGCGCCGCCGCCGUCGGAGCUCCGCAAGCGCGCGGCGGCGAUCGCCGACGGCGACGCCGCCGCCGGCGGCGGCGGCGGCGCGAAGACCGAGCCGACCGCGCCGGGCGGCGCGGCCGUCGCCGCCGCGACGCGCGGCGCCGACGACGCCGACGCCGACGACGCCGACGACGACGCGACGACGUCCACGCGCGCGCUGAGCGCGGAGCCGUCCGACGCGCACGACGCGGACGACGCGGAGUUCGUGAUGGACGCCACGAUGGAGGACGCCGCGGCGGACGACAUGGAGACGUUCGAGGAGGAGCUCGAGCGCGCGCCUCUCGACGCGGACCUCGUGCGAGCGGAGGUGUCCGCGCUGACGCGAGAGAACGACCUGCCGAUCGGCGACGUGCUGCGAUCGUACGGCGCGCCCGUCGCGGGGUCGAUCGUCGACGGCGGCGGCGGCGGCGACGACGACGAUGACGACGACGACGACGACGACGACGACGAUUACGGCAGCGACGACGGCGACGACGCCACGGACGACGACGACGCGCGGGCGUUCGCGGACGGCGCGGAGGUCGAUCUCGUCGUCGGCGCGCCCGACUCGCGUCGGCAAUCGCUCACGGUGGCUGGGAUGACGCGCCCGCCGCCGCCGGCGCUGCCGCCCGGGCACGAGCCGAUCGUGUACGCUACGCGCGAGGAAGCCAGGGAGGCGGCGCUCGCGGAGGCGCGGAGGAUACACUACGAAGAGGAGGUGCUGGAUCGAUCGUACGACAUCGUGACGCGGCCGCCGCGGACGAAACCGAUGCCGUCGUUCCCGGAGCCCUCGAGGAACAAGACGCACUGGGACCACCUCCUCGAGGAGAUGAAGUGGCUCGCGGGGGAUUUCGUUCGCGAGAGGAAGUUUCGAAUGAAGCUCGCGAAGAAGGCGGCGCACGCGGUCGCGCGGUCGAACCUCGACCUCGAGUCCAGGGUGAUCAAGCGACGACUGGACGAAGCCGCGGCGGCGAGAAAAAAAGCGAGACGCGUCGCGAGCGAGGUGAUGCAGUUCUGGAUCAAGAUCGAGAAAGUCGUCCGGUUCAAAGCCCAGAGCGCGAUCGACUCCAAGCGCAAAGAGGUCAUGGACAAGCACCUGGACUUCAUGAUGCAGCAGACGGAGAGGUACUCCACGAUGCUCGCGACAAAACUCGGCGGCGACGCCGACGCCGACGCCGCGAACGCGAACGCGAACGCGAACGCGAACGCGCCGCCGAAACGCCUUCCGGCGCCGCCGACCAAGGACGCGCCGGACAGCGGCCACAGCGACAGGACCGCGAUCGUCAAAGGAGAGGGAGACGACGACGCGGACGCGGAGGAGUACCGCGCGGACGCGAGCGAGCUCGAGGAAGAGGACGACGAGGCGACGCUGGAGGAGGAAGAGCGGCGAGCACGCGCGGCUGGGGAGGACGAGGACGCCGACGAAGAGAUGGCGGACCUGAAAGCGGAGGCGGAGGUUCCGAUCGAGGAGCUCCUGCGGCGGUACCGCGAGAUGGAGGAGGCGGCCGCGAAGGAAGAGGAGGGCGGCGGCGACGGCGUCAAAGAAGAGAUCGCGGGCGCCGAGGUCAAGUCCGAGAUCGAGCCCGCGACGGAGGCGCCCGAGGACGACGAGGAGGAGGACGACGGCGAGGAGGCCACCUUCGCGGACAUCGUGGACGAUGUCCCCGCGGCGGCGGCUCGACGCUCCAGGCGCGGAGGCGACGACGACGCUCGCGCUCCCGCUCCCGCUCCCGCUCCCGCCGCCGCCGCCGCGACGAACGACGCGGACGCGGACGAAUACGUCGCCCCGGAGGGAGGAUCCGACGACGAGGACGACGAGGCGACGCUGGAGGAGGAGGAGCGGCGGGCGCGCGCGGCGGGGGAAGAGAUGGACCACGACGAGGAGAUGGCGGAUCUGAAAGCGGAGGCGGAGGUUCCGAUCGAGGAGCUCAUGCGACGGUACCAGGAGAUGGAGGCUGCGCACGCCGCGGCGGACGCCGGCGCCGCCGCCGCGGAAGAGGAGGAGGAGGAGGAAGAAGAGGAGGAAGUAGAGGAGGAGGAGGAAGAGGAGGAGGAGGAGGAAGAAGAAGAAGUCGGCGUCGACGCGCUCGGGGACGAAGAGCCGGAGAUGACCGAGGAAGAGAAGGCCGCGUCCGCGGCGCGUCGGUCCGCGCUCGACGCCAUCGCCGGCGACGCCGCGACGCUGCGGCCGCAGGGGAACACGCUCGCAACCGCGGGACAGCUGUGCCGCGUCCCGUUUCUUCUGAAGCACACUCUCCGCGAGUACCAACACGUCGGCCUCAACUGGCUCGUGAGCUGCUACGACAAAGCCCUGAACGGCAUCCUCGCGGACGAGAUGGGGUUGGGGAAGACGAUCCAGACCAUCUCUCUUCUCGCGUACCUCGCGUGCGAGUGCGGGAUCUGGGGCCCGCACCUCAUCGUCGUCCCGACGUCCGUGAUGCUGAAUUGGGAGGUUGAGUUCAAAAAGUGGUGCCCGGCGUUUAAGCUGCUGACGUAUUUCGGCACGGCGAAGGAGCGGAAGCUGAAGAGGCAAGGCUGGAGCAAGCCGAACUCGUUUCACGUGUGCAUCACGACGUACCGCUUGAUCACGCAAGACCAGAAAGUGUUCCGCAGGAAGAAGUGGAAGUACCUCAUCUUGGACGAGGCGCACAUGAUAAAAAACUGGCGGUCGCAGCGGUGGCAGACGCUCCUCAACUUCAACAGCAAGCGAAGACUGCUGAUCACCGGGACGCCGUUACAGAACGACCUCAUGGAGCUCUGGUCUCUGAUGCACUUCCUGAUGCCGCACGUGUUUCAGUCGCACAGCGAGUUUAAGAACUGGUUCUCGCAGCCGCUGACGGGGAUGGUCGAAGGCGGCGAGGGCGUCAGCGCGGAUCUCGUCUCGCGGCUCCACGGCGUGUUGCGACCGUUUUUACUGCGGCGGCUCAAGUCGGAAGUCGAGAAGAACCUCCCGGGGAAGACCGAGCACGUCGUGCACUGCGGUCUCUCUAAGCGUCAACGUCGGCUGUACGAGGAGUACAUGGCGAGCUCGGACACGUCCACGACGUUGUCCUCCGGGAACCUUCUGGGGAUCAUCAACUGUCUGAUGCAGCUUCGAAAGGUGUGCAACCACCCGGAUUUAUUCGCGGGACGACCGAUCGUGUCCGCGUUUGAUAUGCUCCCGGGAGUGACGCUUCGCGUCCCCUCGAUCGUCGCGAACGACGCGCGCGAACGAGAAGAGGACCCGCGCCGCGCGCGCUUCUUCGCCCCGCGCGGGUUACACUUGCUGACGAUCGAGGACCUCAACGCGGGAUCCCCCGCGACGGCGUCGGACCCGCGCGACGUCGAGGAGUGCUUAGCCCUCGGCGGCGCGUACGCGCGCGCGAUGGAACCCCCGGAGAAGCUCGGAAGGACGACCGCCGCCGCGGACGCGGCGGUGCGCUUGUUCGCGGAGGUUCGAGCGGUCAGGGCGAGGGAGGAGCGACGCGCGGUGGCGCGGCGCAUCGCGCUCGCCGCCGCCGCCGCAAUGCGCAGCGUGCCGAUGUACGGCGCGGACCUCCGAGCCGCGGCGACGAUCCCGCAUCCCGCGCACGCGUGCCACGAGAUGGCGGCGACGCACGGCGCCGGGCCGUUUGCCGUCGCGCCCGCGCUGCUGGAGCUCGUCAAGUCUCCCGCGCGAAGAGCGCUCGAGUGCGCCGAUCUCGUCGCGCAGUUUAUGUUUGCCAUUCCGAAAGCGCGAGCGCCGCCGCCGUCGAUGACGUGCGGCGCGCCGUCGGCCUCGAUCAACGCCGCGGUCGCGGAACGCGCGGCGUGGUCGCAGAAGGUGGGCGCGCCCGCGUUGACGCCGUUGCGCGCCGCCGCGGUUCGACAGCAGCUCUUCUUCCCGGACCGAAGGCUCGUGCAGUUCGACUGCGGGAAGCUCCAGGCGUUGGCGCAGCUCCUCCGGACGCUCAAGUCCGGCGGGCACAAGGCGCUCAUCUUCACGCAGAUGACGAAGAUGCUCGACAUCCUCGAGGCGUUCUUAAACUUGUACGGGUACCCGUACUGCCGCCUCGACGGCAGCACGCGACCGGAACAGAGGCAGAUCUUGAUGCAGCGGUACAACACGGACCCGCGUCUCUUCGUCUUCAUCCUCAGCACGCGAUCCGGCGGGUUCGGGAUUAACCUCACCGGCGCGGACACGGUCAUCUUCUACGACUCGGACUGGAACCCCGCGAUGGAUCAGCAGGCGCAGGACCGCGCGCACAGGAUCGGGCAGACGCGCCCGGUGCGGAUUUACAGGAUGGUGUGCAAGGGCACGAUCGAGGAGAACAUCUUGAAGAAGUCGAUGCAAAAGCGCGAGCUCGAUCACUUCGCGAUUCAGGCGGGGAACUUCAACACGGAGCACUUCAGCAAGCUCAACGCGGAGAAGGGGAGGCGCGGCGGCGGCGGAGCGAGCGGCGACGGAGACGACGACGACGGCGCGGGCGCGACCGCCGUCGUCGGCGGCGAGGCUGGGUUCGCGGCGAUGAACAUUUUCGACAAGGCGAUGUCGCGGACGACGGCGCGGCCGGCGGACGCCGGCGGCGGAGAGAAAAAAGGCAACGGCGGCGGCGGCGGCGGCGACGACGACGAGGUCGUGCGUCUCAUGGAAGAAGCCCAGGACGACCAAGACAAGGCGACCGCGGCGCAGCGGAACAACGAGGACAACGACGAGGCGCACGACUUUGACGACGACGUCAAGGAGUCGAACGACCCUGACCGCGACGACGACGAGACGGGUCGAACGCCGAAGGGCGCCAAGCCGGCGAGGUCGGGCGCGAGCGGCGGCGGGGGCGCGAGCGGCGGCGAGGGCGCGAGCGGCGAGCCGCCCGGGACGCCCGCGGCGACGACGUCCGGCGCCGGCGGCGACCUCGCGAUGGAGAAGAUCAACACGAGUUUGGAAGGCGACGACGCGUUCGCGAAGGAGAUGCUCCAGAAGGUGCGGCAGAGCGCGCAAAAGGGGGAAGGCUUCGAAGCGCGGCUCGCGCCCGUGGAGCGGUACGCCGUGCGUUACCUCGAAGAGACGGUCAAGAUCUUGGACGACGUCGACGCCGCCGCGGACGCGAUCGCGGCGUACGAGGAGAAGGAGUGGGAGCUCGAGCAGAUGGAGAAGCAGAAGGCGGCGGCGGAAGCCGCGGGAGAAGACGAGGAGGACCAGCUCGUCAUCGAGGGGUGGGACACGGGCGCCGCGGACGAGGAGUACAGAGCGAAAGUGUCCGCCGCGGAGGCGGAGGCGCAGGCCGCGAUCGAGUGGGAGCGUCAGGAGCAGGAGCGCAUCGAGGCGUACUACGCGUCGUUGGCCGCGCCGCCGCCCGCGCCGGCGCCCGCGCCGCCGGCGGAGGAGGAGGCGGAGGAGGCGGAGCCAAAGGCGGCGCCGUUGAAGGUGAAAUUCACGCUGAGGGCGCGGGAUCCGUUCGACGCGGUGGCCGAGGCGGCGGCGUCCACGGGCAGCGGCGGGACCGGGACCGGAACCGCGCAGCAGCAGCGGCAGCGGCUGCAGCCGCCGAACGCGGACGACGCGGCGAAGGCGGCGGCGAAGAAGGAGAAGAAGGAGAAGCGCAAGCGCGACGACCCCGAGCGCGAGGAGCGUCGUCGGCUACGCAAGCUCGAGAAGGCCUCCGCCGCCACCGCUGCCGCCGCCGCGGGGGGAUGUGGAGGGGGAUCGUCGGGGCCCGGCGCCGGCGCCGCGGGCGUGAUGACCAUCUCCCCCGGCGCCUCCGCGGACCCCUCCAAACCUGCGGCGGCGGCGGCUGUCGCCGCGGCGUCGCGGUCCGUCGCCCACCCGUGGUAG